CUUUAAAACCGCCGUAUCAGGGACUGGGAAUGCACUGGAUGAAGUGAGAGCUUCACUUUCAAAUGCAGAGAUUCUGGUCAUUGAUGAGAUAUCUAUGGUUUCUAAAGACCUUUUUGCCUACAUCCACUGGAGACUUCAGCAGAUCAAAGGAAACAAGAAGCCUUUUGGUGGGAUGUCUAUCCUUGCAGUAGGAGACUUUUACCAGCUGCCACCCCUUGGAAAAGCCAAACCACUCUGUGUGUACGAGGACAAUGUCCUUGAUCUCUGGAAAGACUAUUUCCACAUGGUCAACCUGACAGAAAUCAUGCGACAGAAAGAUGAUCAUUCUUUUGCUGAAGUUCUGAACAGGAUAAGAGUGAAGCAAAAAACAGAUUCUCUUGAAGCCAAUGAUAAAGCCUUGCUCACACAGGCUAUCCAUGACAUAAAAGACUGUCCAUCUAAUGUAUUACACAUUUAUGCUACAAACAAAGAGGUGGACAAACACAAUUCAGCAACUGUAACUGCUCUUCAUUCUGAUAUCAUAAAUAUUCAGGCCGAAGACUACAGAAAAGACCCACGAACGGGUGAGAUGGUCCUGCUGGCAGAUAUGAUGAAAGGCAACAAAAGAGAUUUACCUGAUAACAUACAAGCUGCACCUGGAGUGCGUGUUAUGAUUAUUAGAAAUUUGGAUGUUGAAGAUGGGCUUGUUAAUGGGACAUUUGGAACAAUCACGAACAUUGUGACAACCACACAGGAUGGACCAAACACUGUGAAUCUCAUUGGACUUACGCUGGACAAUCAAAAUUCUGGGCAAAAAUUUCGCAGAAAAAUACAAGGAUCCUCAGACAACCUCGUAUAUAUUGAGAAAUGUGAAGAAUCUACAAGUAAAAAAGGAGUUCUUCGCAGGCAAUUUCCAAUGAAGUUGGCCUUUGCAUGUACAGCUCACAAAGUACAAGGCAUGACAAUGGAGUCAGCAGUAGUAUGUUUGAAGCGUGUUUUUGAGCCUGGAAUGGCCUAUGUAGCACUCAGCCGCACAACCUCACUUAAAGGACUGUACAUCACAGACUUUGAUGAAAGGAAAAUCUAUGCUGAUCCUGCCAUCACAGAUGCACUCAAAAUAUGAGACAUGCAUCAUUUGAGAAUGCAAGACCACUGUUGCAAUUCUUAAAAUCAGUUGUUCCCACAGUCCCCACAUUGACAAUUAUCCAUCACAAUGCACAAGGUCUCCCAACUCACAUGGAGGACAUGAGAUGCCACCAUGAACUCAGCCUUGCUGAUGUUUUAUGCAUAACAGAAACUCACUUGUCUGGAUCAUCAGUUUCUCCCCGCUUCCAGCUGGAACAGUACAACAUGGCCACACGCAACAGACACGUCUCUUACACAAACCAUACAGACAUGGCAAAGGUAAAUGGCGGUGGAGUUGCAAUGUACUACAAAACAGUUCUUAUAGCAGAGUCUCGAAAAUACCUGCAAAAUGUGACUGACCUUGAAUUUGUUGUUAUCAAGGUUGAAUCGCCAGUCACAGCUUUGAUAGCAACUGUAUACAGGCCACCAAAUUACAGCCACGUGAGGUUUUUACCACAAAUGCAAUGUCUUUUGGACUCAUUGGAAAUGAUGAAUUGCCAACCAAUUAUUGUUUGUGGAGAUUUCAAUGAGGACCUUAUGAGCAGAGGAAAAAAACCCAUCCAAGAACUGUUUCAGUCAAGAGGAUAUGCACAACUGAUUACUGCUGCAACCACAGAAAAACACACAUUGAUUGAUCACCUUUACAUAUCACAGCCAUACGCCUGCCUCCAAUCAGGUGUUCUGAAUACAUAUCACAGUUAUCACAACCCCAUUUAUUGUGUAAUUCACUAACACAAAAUGACUGCAAGGUUGUGAGGGAUAUGGACUUGCCAAGUGAUCUUAGUGUCUUUGCAACUGAGCACACUCUACCACCAACAAGGACAGCUCACCAGUGGGAGCUGAUAGAUAAGACUGCUGAUGCGCUCUCAUCCAUUGAAGAGCUGACCAGAAACGUGAACAGAGAGACUGCAACUGCACCUGAUGGGAUCCCUGCCAUAACAGAUGUGUUCUGUCCAGUGAAGGCAGUGGAGAAGCCCUACACUGAUCUUGAAACUGUGCCACGCUAGUAGAGACCGGCUA